AUGAGCGCCUUUGUCGGAGCAUUUAGGCCAACAGCACGUUUGUGCAACCGCGUCGCCAUUGUAACAGGCGCGUCCCGGGGCAUUGGCAAGGCGAUUGCUCUACGCAUCGCGCGGGACGGCUACGAUGUCUGCAUCAAUGACAUCGCCGCCAAUCAAGCUGGCUCUGAGGAAGUGGCCAACGAGAUUAGGGGCUUAGGUCGCAAGUCAGUCGUUGCAACCGCGGAUGUGCGCAAACUCAAUGAAGUUCAGGCAAUGAUCCAAACUGCUGUCAAAGAACUUGGACCUUUGAACACCAUGAUUGCCAAUGCUGGUAUUGCCCAAGUCAAACCUCUUCUGGAACUGACUGAAGAAGAUUUUGAGAAUAUGUUCCGCGUCAACGUCUUUGGCGUGCAGCAUUGCUACCAGUCCGCCGCAAAACAAAUGAUAGAACAAGGAAACUGUACACCAGAGCAGCCCGGUAAACUCAUCGGCUGCUCUUCUAUUGUUGGCUUCAAGCCAUUUGCCCUUCUCUCCCACUACUCAGCCUCCAAGUGGGCCGUUCGCGGGUUGACACAAGCGUCGGCUAUGGAGUAUGCUGAGCACAACAUUACUGUUAAUGCAUAUGCACCAGGAAUUGUGGGAACGGCCAUGUGGGAUCUCAUUGAUGAGAAGCUUGGUGAGAAGACGGGUGCUAAGAAGGGAGACACGAUUAAGAAGUUCACCAAUGACCUGAUUGCUUUGAAGAGGACGAGCGUACCAGAGGAUGUAGCGAAGUUUGUGAGCUUCUUGGCGAGCCCAGACAGCGACUACGUUACGGGACAGACACAGAUUGUGGAUGGAGGCAUCAACUUCACUUGA